AUGGCCACACAACCGGGCUAUGCUGGGGCGCAUCCUCAGCUGAGGUGGUGUGGGUCACGGCUGCCAAUCCCAGCUGCCUGUCCCAAGAAGGUCUUCUCUGAGUUGUUAACUCAGGAGAGAUGUGGGGACAGUCCAAGAGGGAUAUCCCCUCCUGGCUUUCCGCAAGGAAGAGGAGGGACUGGAGCUGUGGCCUCAGCUGGCCCUUUCUGGGAGGAACGGGGCUCCCCACAGCCAUGCUACUGCACUAAUGCAGCCUCUCCCACCCUUUAUCAUUGCAGAAAAUUUGAAUUUAACCCCAAAGAUGGGAUCGACAACCCUGCCUUGUCGCUGGCUGAGGACACGGAUGGUGAAGGCGUGGGGGAGCCCCGCUUCUACCUCCUGAGCAAGGACAGCACGGAGACCUUUGGCUUCUGCCUCCAUGAGGAGCUGGGCUGCCAGGGCCACGUCAUCCGGCAGGUUGAGCUGGGGGGGCUGGCCCAGCGCAGGGGACUGCAGGAUGGUGACCGGCUCCUCCAGGUCAACGGCCACUUUGUAGACCACAUGGACCACCGCACGGUGGUGCAGAAGAUCAAGGCCAGUGGGAACCAGGUCCUACUGGCGGUGCUGGAUGGUGGCUCCUAUGAAGCAGCCAAAGUCCUGGGCAGGGACCUGUCCCAGAUGCUGCCGGCUGACAUCCGCCCGCGCCUCUGCCACAUCACGCGGGACAGAAGUGGUUUUGGCUUCAGUGUGUCAGGUCCAGAAGGCGUGAAGGGCACCUUCCAGCUGUCGGUGCGGCAGGAUGGGCCAGCAGAGAGGGCAGGGGUGCCACCAGGCUCCUGGCUCCUGGAGCUGAACGGAGCCAGCGUGAGGAGCUACUCACACGCACAGCUCGCCAGAAAGCUUAAGCAGAGUGGCAACAAGGUGACACUGCUGGUGGCAUCCAGUGCCGUGGAGGAGUUUUACCGCCUGCGGGGUCUGCAGAUCACAGCUGCCUUGGCGGACACCUCCUGGCUCCCCUUCAAGGUCCGGGAGCUGCACAUGGUGAAGGGUCCAGCUGGCUACGGGUUUCUGCUCAAGGAAGAUGAUUGCAUCUCAGGGGCCAUAGGCCAGUUCCUGUGGGAUGUGGAUGCGGGGCUGCCAGCUGAGCAGGCAGGGAUGAAGGAGGGGGACCGUCUCCUGGCUGUGAAUGGUGAGAGCAUUGAGGGGCUGGACCACCAGCAGACAGUGCUCAGGAUCCGUGCCCGUGAUGACCAGGUGACGCUGCUGGUCAUCGACCCUGCUGGUGAUGAGUUCUACCAGUCGAUCGGGCUGUCCCCUCUGCUGUUCUUUGUGGAUGGUGACCCUGCCUCAGGCUCCCGCAGGCCCUCCCUGCCCUCUCCCAGUGUGUCCCCUGGACUCUGUCAUGUUGAGGUGGGACCAAAGGGACCUGGGUCCUGGCUGGUGGCUGCUGCCAACAGUAUAGAGAUCACACAGAGCCUGCGCCAGGAGGAGCACAGGAGGCUGCACCAGGCAUUCUAGCGGCUCAGGACCACCCUGCCUCCGGACAGGCUCUCCCAUACAGUGCCUCGACUCAGGCCACAUCCAGCCCCAUGGUGCCUCCUGCCCGGCUCCCCAGAAAGCACGGUGCUGCUCAGCAUGGCUGUUGCAUGCAUAGCUGCU